GCGCUGCCUCCGUCUACGCGAUCUCCCUCACGGUCGUCCGACCAACUACCAUUCCCCAUCCUGCAGAACACGAUACAACACUUGAAGAUGGGCGCCUCAGAGAACAAGAAGCGCGCAGCGGCCUCGCAGGGCGGCCCUGCGUCGAAGAAGGUGCACUUGGACAAGGACUCGCGCAAGUCGAAGGACUUCAAGGGCAAGAGCGCGCUGAAGGGGAAGGACAUACAGAAGAAGGACCAUAAUAAGGGCAAGGUCUCUGCAUCCACCCCGAAGAAGACACAAAAGCAGAAGGAGGCUGAGGCUCCCGCGGCGAAGCGGAGAAAACCUGUGACGGCGACUAGCGAGCCGUCCGACGAAUCGGAGGACGACGAGGAUCUCGCAAGCGAGGGGGAGGAUGCGGAGGAGGAUGUUGAUAUGGAAGGGGACGAGGGUGCUGAGGAUGAGGCUAUGGAAGGAGUCGUAGAAGCUGAUGGCUCUGCGCCCAAUCCCAAGGACCCGGAGGCCGUUCGCGAAGCGCGCAAAGCCCAAAAAGCCGUCACCGCGCAGCGCAAGGCCUCCAAGCCGCACGCCUCGCUCAUCGCGCAGGCAAAGGCCGUGUGGGCGCAGGCCCGGCGCAAGAACAUCACGCCCAAGGAGCGCCAGCAGGCGAUCCGCGAGCUCAUGGACGUGAUCCGCGGCCAUGUGAAGGAGCUGGCGAAUAAGCACGACGCGAGCCGGAUCGUGCAGACGGCGGUGAAGUACGGGAGCGCGGCGGAUCGGGACACGAUUGCGGGGGAGCUGAUGGGGAGCUACAAGGAGCUGGCGCAGAACAAGUACUCGAGGUUCCUUGUCACGAAGCUCGUUCGCCUGUGCCCCAAGCGCCGCGCCGCAAUCUUGCGCGAGUUCCAGGGACACGUACUGCGCCUGCUCCUUCAUCGCGAAGCGAGCGUCGUGCUUGCCGACGCAUUUGAGCUCUACGCAAACGCGGCUGAGCGCGCGAUUCUCCUCUGUGACUUCUACGGUAAGGAGGCUGCGCUGUUUGACGUUGCGGCGGACGCGGAUACGGCAAAGGAGGGCCUGUCGGGUGUGCUUAAGGGCGCAGAGGAUGCGAAGCGGACGAGGAUUCUGACCGCGGUGCGGGAGAACUUGGAGGCAAUCUUCAACAACCCCGACAAGGGCGCGCUUACGCACGCAAUCGUCCACCGCGCGCUCUGGGAGUAUGUCGCGGCGGUGAUCGCCCACCCGGACCGCGCGCUCAGCGAGAAGCUCUAUCGGGAGGCUUUUGACAUGUGCCAGGACACGCUCGCGGAGAUGGUGCACACGAAGGACGGCUCGCGCGUCGCGCGCGAGUUCCUGGCGCGGGGCUCGGCGAAGGACCGCAAGCAGAUCAUCAAGCACUUGAGCAAACAUGUCAUUCCAAUGUGCACAGACGAGGACGCGCAGCUGGUGCUCUUCACAGCGGUGGACGUGGUGGAUGACACAAAACUGCUCGCAAAAUCCCUCAUCGCACCUAUUACGGCCGACGCGAGCACGCUGUCUACGUCGACCGCGGGCCGCCGCGCGCUGCUGUACCUCCUUGUCCCGCGGUCGCGGAGGCAUUUUACUCCCGCGCAGAUCAGUACGUUGGCAGAGACGGAUGGAGUGCGCGAUGGGACUGGCGAACAGGAGGGCACGAGCAAAAAAGCAGUGGAGGUGCGGCAAACGGAGGUAAGGCAGACGGCGAGCCAGGGCCUACUGGACUGGGUGAAGGAGAACGGGGAGGAGGCGAUCAGGGAGACGGGCCAGUGUGUGCUGGUAGGGGAGAUCGUGUUGGAGGCGGAGGGAGACAAAUCCGCCGCCACAACGACCCUGCUACGCGCAGUCAGCGCACCAUAUCCCGCUGCCGAGGACGCCCCGCCACAUGUCAUCGACCUCCCGCACGCGGCGCGAUUGUACAAGACGCUGCUGCAGGGCGGGCACUUCAACCACGGCAAGGGCGCCGUCGAGCCCGCGCCGCGAUGGGACGCGAAGGAGUUCGCCGUGCGGUUUAUGGAGGCGAUCGCGCCUAGUGAAGAAACGUCGGACGAUGCCGAUGCGCCGUGUCCUGCAAUCGCGAUGUGCACGCGCGGUGCGCGCGGGGGCGCGUUCGUGAUCGCGGAGCUGCUGGGUGCGCUGCCGGAGGAUAAGCGCAAGGAGGUCGCGGGAUGGUUUACGAAGGCGGUGCGGAAGGAGAUUGAGGCGGGCGAGGGGAAGGGGAAGGGUCUGCUGUUAGAGAGGUUGGGGAAGUAGAGCGAGAGGGAUGGGUUGUUUGUUUGUAAUUUCACCGUCACAUUUCCAGAACCUGAUUUGACGUGCGAGCUUAUUCGCUCAUCAAGUCAAGCUCGGAAUUGACUUGAGCAUACUGCGUCUGUAGGUCUGAGGUCGCUUUGCGAGAAAAGAAUCAGUAAGUACGACGGUUUCAGCGCAC